AUGAGAACCUCUGGGCGUCGUGGAAGUAAAAGAUUCAAAACGGCCAGCGUGUUGAAGGACGAAGAAGAAUCUGCUCCUCCCACCACAACGACUAGAACAACCAGCACUCCCAAAUUUUCUCCCACUCCAGCGGCCUCAGAGCCGGACCCAGAUCGCGAGCCACAAAACGUGGGAAGCAAAUCGAUACCGAACGAUACUACUCCUGUUCCAGAGCCAAAGCCUGCAAAAGCUCACUCUAGAAAACAAAUUUCCAAGGCCCCGGAAGUCGAAGUUCAGCCGACAGACGUGUUACCCCCCACCGCCACUACCACUACUACUACCACUACCACGGCUGCCACGGCUGCCGCUUCCUCCACUAAACAACCUAACGGCUCGGAGAAAGGAAGUACUGAAGAGGACGAAGAAGAUAGCAAGUCAUCCCCGCUCACUGAAACAUCAUCAACUUCGGAGCAAAUGGCCUCUGUUGCCAUCUUCACCCCUUCGGCCGACAUUAAAGGUACUAGGACAUAUGAAGACCUAGAAAUGGGCAACACUGAAUCCGACAGGCCUACACCGGAUCGCUCCUCCGCUCCUCCGUCAAUCUCGCGACCAUACAUGAACGGUCAAUCUCCAGAAUCAUCGAGCCUUAGUGAAUUGGAUUCAGACGAUUCGGAGGCCGAAACAGAAAGGCUAAAUAUUUCCCCUCAGAAGCCUAUUUUAAGUAAUAGCACAAAUCCAGCGUCGUAUAGUACACCAAAAAAAUCAAUUGGCACAAGCACCCUAACAUCGCCGUCCCGGAGUCCGUCCCCGUUAUCCACCGUCGGUCAGGAAAGUCCAAAGUCACCCGACCGAGAAAUGACGCUAGGCGCCAUCGAACAGCUCACACCCGAGGGGUCCAUUGCCGGUUCGCCAGUAAUUUCCCCUCGCAAACGGAAGCGAAACGACGGCCUUGACGAAGAAGGGGCAGUAAUUGUAGGAGAGGAAACCAAGGAUAUCAUGGAAAUAUCAGAUUUAGAAGACCCACCAAAGAAAAAAGUUAACGUCGACCCCAAGUCACAAGGUACCGAUGAGGAAGAAGAAGGGGACGACGAAGAUAGCAAGAACAAACACCCAAAGCAGUCGGCUCUACCCCCCACCAAUGGCCACGUGUCGGACGCUGAAGAAGAUUCAGGUGUUGAAGACGAAGACGAGUCGCCGAAACCCGCCCAGCGGUCGCCAGGCAAGAACAAACAGAAAUUGGCGAGCGCAAAUCUAUCGCCAAAGAAGCUUUCUGCCAAGGUCCUUGAUACAGACCUGGACGAAGAUGCCGAUGAGGGGAGAGAUACGGACGCCGCUGAUAGCAACCAUCACAACAAAGAUGAUGACGAAGCCGAUGAAAUGAGCAGAACGAAAAGACAAGCUGCAGAUGAUCUCGCCGCAAUCGAAAUCCUGUUCGCCCAGCUCAGAGACAAGAUUGUCGAGGAAAGAGUCGCCGAAAUCGAUAAAGAAAUCGCCAUGCUAUAUGACGGUACACACCCGGAGCUAAUACUAAUGUCACAGUCUAUCGAAACGCACAAGCGCGAGAAGAUUGAAAAGGCGAAUAUCCUUCUAGGGUUCCAAGAGCAAACUGCAGAGGUAGAGAGAAUUGCCAACAGAGCAGCCAUUUGGGCCCAAUAUAAUCAAGAGAUCCGGGAGACAAGAGAGAAGUGCUUUAGUGAAGCGAAUACCCAGUGGUGGGCAAUUCAUCGGGAGAGGAGAGCGGCAGACACAAGCCUCAGUGAUUACGUUUAUCGGAUACCGAAGUCUCUCUCGACACAAAUCAACCACAGGAGUCGAUACAACGCUGAAGUUUCCCUCCUAUCGGGGAUUGCAAAGCACGUUGGCUUCCCAGCCGCCCCUACUAUUGCGGGUGCAUCGGCAGAUGAAGUUCGGGCUGAUCUUGAAGCGAUGGGGUUGGUCCCCGCGCAAAUCCCAAUCCCGGCCCCUUCCUUCCUCCCUCCCCAACAUUUCCCAACAUCUACCCCGUCACAAGCGGGGCCUAGCCGUCUACCCCAAAUGUCCACCUUCGGUCCCCCCUCAGCAUACAGCCCUCGGCCCGCCAAAACCCUGGCCCCUCCACCUCAGCUUGGAAAUGCUUUCCAGCCUUCUCCGUCCCAUGCUCUUAACCCUGAAACCAGGCAUCCUCGCAGUCCCCCCUCCCCGGUGCCACAACCACUCAAUUCGCUCCACCAGGCCCAAAAAGCACCAACUCCUUCAUCCCCGAGAGUAACCAAGGCUAGCAAGGGCAAAGCUGCCAGCUCUAAGGCCUCCGCACAGAAUUUCGACCUUCUCACGGAAUCAGUGUCUAAACGUGUGCCUAUAAAAUUGGAGCAAUCCCCCACCAUCAGUUCACUUUCAUUUGCUCCUCCUCCUACUCAAAGCUACACCGCCCAGCAACCGAUUGACAGGCGUAUGCAGGUCGGUGGUGCUCCUGCCUAUCGGCCAUUUGGGAAGUAA